GAGCGAUGACAGGUUUGGAACGAGAUAUCUGAAAAAUUAAAUAUGGUUAUCGCAAAGGAGAUUCUAAGCGACAUCAAGGAGCAAUAUGAAAAGGCCAACCGGCUGGUCGAGGAGGAAAGCCGCAGUGACCCGUCCACUGAUCCGUUUCGAUCCCAUUACAAGGCGCGCGAUGUGCUCCAUGAUUUGAAAAAACAGCUGGAAGACCAGCUGGUAUCUGUUCAGGCUUGUGAAGAUGAUGGUGGCCAGGAUGACCUUUGCUAUCGUUCCUUGUUGGCGUUCGUUUGCCGCGAUCUCGGUCGCAUUUAUGUUUACACAGAGGAGCAGCCGGAAGGUGAGAAGUUCUUAAAGCAAUGCCUGGAUCUCGUCACGCCCCUGAAGAAGAAAUCAGUGGGCAUUAUUCCAUAUGUAGGAGCCAUCAACGAAUUAAGUAUUGUGCUGGGAACCAAAGAAAAGUUUCAGGAGGCUCUGGACAUGCUCCUUGAGGCUGAAAAGGGAUACGAAGAAUUUAAAGCUAGCGGCUUCACACCAUUGGCCAUAUCUGAUAUUUUCAAUCCUCCUGAGGAGGGACUGGAUACAGAAACCGCUGGCACCAAUGAGCUCGAAUCUCUGUACACACUUGUUUGUUUUUAUCUUGCCCAAAUGUACGGGCAUUUAGGCGAUCCGGAGAAGUCAGCCAGUUGCUGCCACAGCACACUCCACCGCCAACUUCAAUUCAAGUCUUAUGAUGCUAUUGAUUUUGCUUUAAAUACAGCAACACUUUCGCAGUUCUAUAUUGGAGAGGAGCGCUUCCGUGAGGCACGUCACCACCUGGCAGCGGCCACCCUCAUUAUGGCCGAGUACGAGGAGCAUAUGUUUAAGCCGGAAAUGAGCGAUCAUCAACGUCAGGAGGUGGCCGAGACCUUCAAGCAUCGAUAUGCCGAUGUAGCGCGUUGCUGGGCAAAGUAUGGGCUAUAUCUUUUGCAAACCUCUAAGUUGCGUCUGCUUAGGGAUGAAAAUGAGGAUUCCAAGCGCCUGGAGAAGGCCUUACGCCUUCUUCAACUUGCCGAGGCACAGAAGUCCCGUUUUCCAAACUUGGAUGUCACAGCUUGCGAGAACCGGAUUAGCUGCGAAUACUGCCUGACUUUUGAUGAUGCCAAGUUGGUGUUCCACUUUGUCAACGAGUGGCUGGACAUUGCCAAGGACUACUACAAGGCCGAGAACGAGGCCACCGAGUACUCUAAGAUAAUACAAGAUUACGCCGAGGCGUAUGAACAGAUUGCCUUUUUCGAAGAAAGCCCUGAAAAUCAGGCUAAGAUGCAGAAACGUCGUGCAAAGUACCUAGAAGACUUACUGGAACUUCUCGACCCGAUUUUCUACCUAAAGAUCUGCCGAGAGUGCUGGUAUGGUGCCGGCACUGCCCAUGCCGCUGUUCUAGACGUUCGCCUUGACAUUGUUCGUGAAAAAAGCUCUCCAGCACCAGAUGACAUUAAAAAGGUUAACCAGAGCUGCCUGAAGGCCAUUAAACACUUCGAGAGCUACGUCAAAUCGUACCUAGGAAAACCACCGAGUGAGGAGUGGCGUCCCAACAUGGACGUGGAGGAGCAGAAGCACAUGCUCUACGCUCACUUUCACAUUGGACGGAUCUAUUACAAGAUGAUUAGCGCUCAUCCAAUGCUCCAGUUGGAAAACCUAACCAACUGUCUUGAAUAUUACAAAAAGUUUAUAGACGGCUGUGAACAGCACAAGGAGGCGGCGGAACCUCUUCAUGGUGAGAUGGGAGUGGUGCGUGAGAUGCUGCAGCUUCUACCGCUCAAAAUUAGUCAAGUUAAGGCUCGCCUAAAUUAGUUAAAAGCUGUCAAAAAAGGACGAUUUCCAAAAAAUAUGUUGCAUUUUUUCGAAAGCUUUAUAUAUUUUAAAAAUAAAAUUGUUUAUGCUAGUGAAAAUUCACAAAAUCCAGAUAUAUCUA